UGAGUGUCGAGGGUCCGUGCGUCGACGCUUGCCAUGUUCGCCAUGCUCGUAAUGGCUCUCUUCGAGUACAACGUCCGUCAUACCUAAAAGGACAUAAUAUUGCCUCUAUACCUCGAUACACCUACUCGCAUCAACACCAGCACCACCUCAAAACCAUCCGACAUCCCAUCUUGGACCUCUCACCCUUCCUCCUAUAUCUUUUACAUCUGCUCUCGACUGUGUACCACUUUUGUAUCCUCAUACCUUCUGGUCUUUCCUUUACUGCUCGACAUCCAAGCCGAUCGCCGCCUACCAUAAUCCAUUGGACCUGCCUACCAUAUCCAGGGACUGGCCACUAUUUUCUGUUCAUUUCCUCAAAACAAGUCUCUGGAACUCUUCUGGACCCAUGUUUUGAACUGUUCUUUUUGGUCUUGUUCGACUCCCUCCUUUUCCUAGAUCAAGUACUCCGUACUUUUGGGCCCUCCCAAUAAUGCUAUUGACGCCACCAUCGUCCCCUCAACUCGCGACUUGCCUUGCACCAGAGGACCGAUUGGGGUGUGUUUUAGCCGGCCGACUCGAACUGGUCUCUAUCCUAGGAAUUGGCGCUUAUGGAGUGGUCUACCAGGCCAUCGACAGACUCACAAACAUCCCCUAUGCCGUGAAGGCCCUUCCCAAAGUUGGAUUGGAUCCCAGACAACGACGUUUCCAACGGCGCGAGAUUGCCCUCCACCACCAAGCCAGCCAACAUCCCAAUGUUGUGUCCCUCCUUCGCAUCUUGGAGAGCCCGGACUGCACCUUCGUGGUGAUUGAGUUCUGCCCCGAAGGCGACCUAUUCUCCAACAUCACCGAACAUGGCCGAUUCGUGGGCGACGACCAACUGGCCAAGCAUGCUUUCUUGCAAAUUUUGGAUGCCGUCCAAUACUGCCAUUCCAUCGGGAUCUACCACAGGGACCUGAAGCCUGAGAACAUCUUGGUGACGAACCAUGGCCACACUGUCAAACUCGCCGACUUUGGGCUCGCCACCACGGAUUCCAUCACGUCCGACUUCGGGUGUGGGUCCACAUUCUACAUGUCCCCAGAAUGUCAACAAGCGCCAACACGACCAUAUGCCCGCUAUGCGGCCGCACCCAACGACGUCUGGAGCCUCGGCGUUAUCCUCGUGAACCUGACCUGUGGUCGCAAUCCCUGGAAGAAGGCCUCUCCUGAUGAUUCCACAUUCCGUGCCUUCUUGAAGGAUCCCAAAUUCCUCAGCUCGAUCUUGCCAAUCUCUCCCGAACUGAACAUGAUCUUGAGACGCAUCUUCGAGUGUGACCCACACAAGAGGAUUACCCUCCAGGAGCUCCGCGAGUUGAUUCUCAACUGUCCCAGGCUGACGACCAAUUCAUACAACACUCUUCCCCCGUCGCCUCCCGCGUCUCCCUACGACUACGUGGAUCCAAUGGAUUGUGCCAACAUGGCUCUCCCGCCCUCUCCACCCGCAUCCCCAUCUCCUCAACAACACUUCCAACCCCAACCCUCGGAGUGGUCUUUGUUUGAACCUGCCUCCAAGCAGAGUUCGUCUUGUUCUUCGCUUUCCACGGAUUCUGGAUACGAAUCCGAGGCUCCGUUCCAUGAUGCUGGUCAACGUCUACAACCUACUGUCUUCAACUUCUACGGCAACGUUAUUCCACUGAACGAGCACGAAAAGCCUUAUUAUCCGCAACCGAACUUUGUUCCCUCGGUUGCCGCGUUUUAAUUUCCCGAAAAUGUUUUACAUACGUUGUGCAGCAACCUGGUCGACGCUGUAACGAGUUAACGGUGUUACGAUUGGAGCUUUCAUCCCCUUUUGGAUACCCAGGCGGUCAGUUUUACGAUACCACUUUUACAACAAAAAACUUGUUUUCCGGAUUGGACUGGAUUUUUCGGGAAAAGCCACGAGGCGCUGCAGUUUUACAGGACAAAGUCAGCGUAUUUGUCGGCGUCUUUUACUAGACCGCGGAUUCUCUUUGUGUGUGUUUGUGUGUGUGUGUGCGCGCGCGCGUGUGUUGGAGACUGUUCAAGCGUUGAGAGUUACCGGAUAAGAGAAAAACUUAAGGGGAAGGCGCGUUUGGAAGAGUUUUAGUCGCUGUGUCUCUCAACCCAAGUGCUGGCGCGAGACGACCUGUUGGGACAUGGGGAGGGUUUUUGUCAUUACUGUUCCCGAGGACUGCCUUUGCAACUCCUUACGAAAAGGAUAUAUCCUAGGACGAUCGUUCAACCCUGCUAUGGCCACUAUGAAUCCGAGGAUUUCACACAAACAUGAGUUCCAUGGGACGCUUCAUCCUGUCAGGAUGACCCUGGGCUUCCAGUCUUUCGCAUUCUUGUGUCCAUGGGCCAGGGCUUGAAUGACUUUCUGUAAAUAGCUUUGCACCGACUAAGAACAAAUAUCGAAAAGGAUGGCUUCAGACCAGGCGCCGUUUUGAGAUUCUA